AUGCAUAUGUCGCAAUGUGCUCGCCUUUUUUGGCUCUCACUUUUAUUAUAUUCUACGGAAGCAUUCAAUGAUUUGAUCGAUUUGAGCCUGCAGCCAUGGGAGUUCUGGUCAAGCAACAAGACUAUCAAUGGGACAGGAAAUGUUCCGGGAGACAUCUACUCCGAUCUAUUCGCAUCCGGAUACAUAGAGAGUCCGUUGUUCGGAGAGAAUCACCUCAAUCUGAGAUGGGUAUCCGAAGAAGACUGGACAUACCGAACAACAGUGUACCUUGGAAAAGAAACGCAGCAGCCAGGUUAUUUCCUUGACCUUGCAAGCGUUGACACAAUCGCCACCGUUUAUUGGAAUGGCGAAAAGGUUUUGCAUACGCGAAAUCAAUUUGUGCCUUACCACGUCAACGUAACCGAUCUCAUCAUCGAGAGUGGAGAGAACGAAUUGAUGAUCAAAUUCAAAAGUCCCGUUAGGUAUUCUAAACGAAGAGCAGAUGAAUAUGUUUCAGUUUUUGGUCAUAAACUCCCGCCAGACUGUAACCCAGAUAUUUAUCAUGGCGAGUGUCAUCAAAAUUUUAUCAGAAAAGCGCAAUACAGUUAUGCAUGGGACUGGGGACCGUCGUUUCCAACUGUCGGAAUCGCUGGAGACAUCUAUUUGAACGUUUAUCGAGGACAGCUGUUCCACGAUUUUACUUUUAAAACUAGAUUUAAUAACGGUAAAUGGCACUUGCAAAUGGAAUUUGAUGUUUUCCACUAUGGAUCCCGAACUGUGGACUUUGAGGUCCGGAUCCCAGAGCUUGGAGUUCGCGAAACCGAUUAUUAUCGUGUGUUAUCUUCGAAAAGCAUGCAAGGACGAUCUAAAUUGAGACUCAAGUUCUCGAUUCCAAUGGAAAAAGAGCCGAAACGCUGGUGGCCCAACGGGAUGGGAAAGCAGAAGUUGUACGAUAUUUACGUCGCAAUGGGAUAUCAAAGUAAUUUAAAAUUCCCAUCCCAUAUUAUUCGAUUUUUUUCAGAAAAGCAAAAGAAAAUUGGUUUCAAGACUGUGGAGUUGGUGCAAGACUACAUUGAUCCAAAGAAGCCUGAAUACGGAAGAAAUUUCUAUUUCAAAAUCAACGAUGUCCCGAUUUUCCUCAAAGGAACCAAUUGGAUUCCAGUUUCCAUGUUUCGAAACACCACGGAGAACAAAGCAAGGACCGAAUUCCUGCUGGACUCUGCAGCUGAAGUUGGAAUGAAUGUGAUCAGGCUAUGGGGAGGAGGAUACUAUGAGUCGAAUGAGUUUUACGACUAUACAGCUCAGAAAGGGAUUCUCGUUUGGCAAGAUUUGAUGUUUGCAUGUGCUCUUUACCCUACCACUGAAGAAUUCAUCAAGUUAACCGACGCCGAAGUCUACAAUCAAAUUGAUCGUAUUGCGGACCAUACGUCUCUCUUAGUCGUAGCCGGCAACAAUGAAAACGAGGCAGCGAUCAGAGGACACUGGUGGAAAACUUCCAAUUACACAGAGAAUCAACAAGUCAAGGACUAUGUGCUUCUCUAUAAAAGAUUUGCCAAGAUAGCGAAGGAAUUGAUGCCGAACGUUCCUUUUGUUAUGUCCAGUCCAUCGAAUGGAGUUGAAACUGAAAAAGAAGGAGGUGUUGCCAAGAACCCGUAUGACAACCGAUACGGUGACAUUCAUUACUACAACGAGUUUGUCAAUUUGUGGAGAGAUGAAACGUAUUUGACACCGAGAUGCGCGUCUGAAUAUGGUGUUCAGAGUUAUCCAUUGAGAGAAACCAUGCUCAACUGGAUCAACGAGUCUGAUUGGGAGUACACAAGCAAAACGAUGUUCCAUCGGCAACACCAUCCAGGAGGAAUCGCCACGAACCUUCUUAUGAUAUUCCAACACUUGCCGAUUCCAUCUGAAUGCAAAUCUAUCAAACGAGAAAACAUCCAUCAAUGCAAAUAUGUCACAUCCAGCUCAUACAUGAGCCGAUUGGCCUACUUCUCUCAAAUUCAUCAAGUCAUUGCACUUAAAGUUCAAACGCUACAUUAUAGAAGGUUCAGAAACAUCACAACUGAAGAUGGUUUAGGGAACACAAUGUGUGCGAUGUAUUGGCAGUUGAAUGAUGUAUGGGCAGCACCAACAUGGUCUACUAUUGACUUCGACCAGAAUUGGAAGCUGGCUCAUUAUGAAGCCAGACGUUUCUUUGCUAAUUCUGCUAUUUAUGCUUACGCUGACGAAGCAGAUUUUAAUUUGAAAGUAUUCCUUCUCAAUGAUCAUAUGACACCGCUUCAAAAUGUGACAGUCAACAUACAACAACUCAGCUGGGGCAACGGACUCGACCCAAUUUUGACAGAAGAAUUCCACGUGGACAGUGUGCCAGCUGGGACAUCUCAAGUUUUGAAUACUGAAAUGAAGUUCUCCAAAAUCACGGAACUCUCCGAGUAUCUGUAUGUGUCCACUCUAUAUAAUUCGACAGGAGGUAAAAUUCAUGAGGACGUUUUGGUGCCGGAUUUCUUGUUCGAGGUUGACUUCAACACAUUUGGAGACGUUCGAAUCGGAGAUGUCAAGAGAAUCGACGAGCUGACCUACGAGGUGAAUGUCACCACUGACAAGGUCUCUCCAUUCACAUGGAUCUCAUGCAAAAAACCAUUCAUUGGAUGGUUCACCGACAACGGAUUCCACAUGAUUCAAACUCUCCGAACGGUGCGGCUCGUCACAAAAGUUGAAGUUGAUCUCCAGAAGUCUGACUUCGAAGUGUGUAAUCUGAAGAAUUGUUACGUGUGA